UGUACUGCUGUGCUGUUAGACUGCUGCUGCUGUUGCUGCUGCUUAUGCUAUAGCUCUCUCUCUCUGUCUCUCUCUCUCUUUUACUCUCGCGCUCUGCUGAGACACUUGGAUCUCUCGCACGCGCGCACACUCUCUCUCACACUCUCACAGUCUAGGCUGCUCUCCCUCUCUCUCUCUCUCUCUCUCUCUCUCUCUUUCUGAGAAUGGUCCAGCCGGUGCCUGGGGCUCUGCUGUCGCGGCCUGCCGCCUGCAUCUGAUCACGAUCACACGCACACACACACACUCUCACACACACACACACACACACACACACACACACACACACACACACACACACACACACACAGAGCCGGCUCGCAGGGAAACACAAUGUGAGAGGAAGCAGGCUGAAGGCGUGACCCAAGUUCUGUUUCCCUCCGUGCCCUGUUAAAGUCAGAGGCUGUGACUGCUGCUGGCUGAUAGCAGGUGGGUACUGAAGGUAGUGCCCUCUCUUGCUGCAGCUUGGACCCGCUUCUAGUGCCACUCCCUGCUUUUCUGCCAGCUUGCUGCCCGAAGCCAGGCCAGGAGCCUUCGACCCCAGACCCCACCACCCCUUAGUGACCCCGGUCCACCCCGCCCCACCUCUAACGCAGCACCACCAGCUACAGAGCUACCGUUCUCCAGAAGAGCCCCAGCAGAGCGUGAUCAGGCCGCAGCGUCCACAGUCGGAGUGUUCUUGCUGUGUGUUGAAGGACGAGGGGAAAAACAGCCCACAGAAAUCUUUGGAGCAGACUUUUUUGUUUUCUUUUCGGCUGCCUGGGAAUUUCCUAGCACUUCCGCACCUCUCUGCCUCAACCCCACACACACAUACACACUCGCACCAUGCAAUAGUACCACACUCCAUGCUGGUUGUUUAAAGGAGAGAGAGUUCAACAAAGACGUCCCAAACAGUUAAGGACACGAAGUUGGUCCUCCUGACCUUGGAUAAAACAUACACACACACAGACAUACACCCAAAAGAACACACACAUUAGCAGUUAGCUUACUGCUAAGGGCAGCUUUCUGCGGUGGCCAUGGCAAUGAGCAUGGCGCACAUCCGAGACCCGAAGUGGCUGACGCUGGAGGUGUGCCGCGAGUUCCAGAGGGGGACGUGCUCGCGCUCGGACGUGGAGUGCAAAUUCGCCCACCCGGCCAAAAGCUGCCAGGUGGAGAACGGCCGAGUCAUCGCCUGCUUCGACUCGCUAAAGGGCCGCUGUUCCAGAGAGAACUGUAAGUACCUGCACCCGCCCCCCCACCUGAAGACGCAGCUGGAGAUAAACGGCCGCAACAACCUGAUCCAGCAGAAGAACAUGGCCAUGCUCGCCCAGCAGAUGCAGCUAGCCAAUGCCAUCAUGCCUGGCAGCCAGCUUCAGCCAAUGCCUUUGUUCUCCGUUACACCGAAUAUUGCCACUAACCAUGGUGCGGCAGCAGCAGCGGCAGCCGCAGCUACGUUUAACCCGUACCUGGGACCCGUAUCUCCAGCGCUGAUGUCUGCAGAGAUCCUGCCCAGCGCGCCUGUGCUGAUCGGUGGAAGUCCCGGAGUAGCACCCGUUCCCUCCAGCGCUAAUGCUGCUGCUGCAGCUGCCGCCUCCGCCGCUGCUGCCCAGAAACUACUGCGCACUGACCGCCUCGAGGUGUGUCGCGAGUACCAGCGUGGAAACUGCUCCCGCGGUGAGACGGACUGCAGGUUUGCCCACCCGGCCGACAGCACCAUGAUCGACUCCAGUGAUAACACAGUGACCGUGUGUAUGGACUACAUCAAGGGCCGCUGCUCCAGAGACAAGUGCAAAUACUUCCACCCUCCAGCUCACCUGCAGGCCAAGAUCAAAGCAGCACAGCACCAGGUGAACCAGGCCACAGCCACCGCGGCCAUGACGGCUGUCAAAUCACUGAAGCGACCCCUCGAGGCCACCUUUGACCUGGGCAUCCCUCAUAAUGUAAUGCCUCCUUUGCCAAAGAGACCAGCCCUUGAGAAAACCAACGGUGCCACCACCAUGUUCAAUGCUGGCAUGCUGCAGUACCAACAGGCUCUGGCCAACAUGCAGUUUCAGCAGCAGGCAGCAUUUAUUCCUUCAGGCUCAAUAUUGUGCAUGACUCCUGCAGCAAGUGUGGUACCCAUGAUGCACGGCGCUUCACCGGCCGCUGUGUCCGCAGCAACCACGUCCGCCACUAGUGUUCCCUUCACGUCUGCAUCAGUCAAUCAGGACUCUUCUCUAUCAAAGCUGACUACCAACGAAUACAUGCAAUUGAUUCCAAUAAUUUCUGCAGAGCAUCUGACUAGUCACAAGUACUUGACUCAAAUGUAGUCACAGUCCAGACCAAUCAAUUGAAUGUGCCGAUCAAUUACCUGGGAUAAACACAAACAACUUAACAGCAUCAAAUGUUAACAUUUCAGAUGUUAGAGCAGUCGAUUUUACUCUAGUCUGCAGUGCCCUGUGGGGUAUUGCUAGUUCACCGAUAAGAACAUUUAAAGGACUAGUCAACUAUAUGGAGUGCCCUUAGAUGUGAUGUGUAGAACUUGAAAGAGCAGCUGUACAUAUGACAGGAGGCGACACACGUAUACACACACCCGAUACUAGUCUGCCGGCAUCGUGUGUAAUGUUUAAAAGUACUGGUACGCUGACUGACCAAGAAAAUUCCCUUUUUUUUAUUUGUUUGAUUUAAUUCGAUUUUUUUUGUUUGGUUUAAAUAGAUAUGAUUUAUCAGUAACACUUGACUUUACGUUAUUUAAAUUACUCAGACUGGUUUUAUAGAACCAAAUUAGAAAUAUGUCUGAAAAUAUGAUUUUUUAAGUGAGCACCAUUACCUUUGGAGAGUUUGGAGAGUUUAGUCCAAGCCUGACUGGGCUUAGUCCAGGCCUAAAUGCUGGGUAUUUAGUGAUGCACCGAAAUAAAUAUUUUUGGCUAAGACUUAAACAGAAGUAAAAGAGUACUGAAUAAAUGCAGGUUUUUCAUAGAUUUUGCCACUUUUUAUUAUUAAAUAAAUUAAAGCAGACAUACCAACAAAGCACAACUCAAUAUUUCUGCUAUGUACAGUAUAUUUUGCAGCGGUGGGAGGAGCGGUUUAAUGUAUGCUAACAGUCAGGUUAAAAUCACAAUGUUAACAGUCACAGCAGCAGGGCUAAGCUAGGCUGGAGCAGGUUAGCUGCAUUUGUUAAUAGCCACAAUGCUAAGAGUCACAGCAGCAGGUUUAAGCUAAGCUGGUGCAGGUUACAUAGCUGCAAUUGCUAAUAACCCAAUUAAAACCCCAAUGCUAACAGUCACAGCAGCAAGGCUAAGCUAAACUCGAGCAGGUUACGUAGCUGCAUUUGCUAAUAACCAGAUUAAAACCCCAAUGCUAACAGUCACAGCAGCAGGCCUAAACUAGUCUGGAGCAGGUUAGCCACAAUUGCUAAUAACCAGAUUAAACCUUUUUUUUACUAUUUCAGCCAAACAUUAAAGUGUUUUUAUGCCAUUGUCGGUUGCCAAAUAUUUUUUUAGUUGCCAAAUAUGUUCAUUUGCCAAAAACUUGUGGUAUAUAAUUACUGAGCCUGAUUUAACAGAUCCAAAUUAGAAAUAAGUCGUAGAAUAUUUUUUUUAGUGAGCACCAUUAGCUUUUGAGAGUUUAGUCCAAGCCUGACUGGGCUUAGUCCAGACCUAAAAGCUGCACCAAAACUAUUGUUUUAUUGUUAUUAGAAUUUAAAUUACUAUAAUUAUUAUAAUAUAUAUAUAUAUAUAUAUAUAUAUAUAUAUUAAACAGAACAAAAUAAAAGAAUACAAAAUAAAUGCAGGGUUUUUAUAAAGAAAUUGCCCCUUUUUAUGAUUUAAUACAGCUUUUUGGUUAUGAAACAGCUCUUAAAUAUUAUUGAACAUAAAGCACAACACAAUGUUUCUGCUAGGAGCUUUGCUGUCUGCUUUUUAGCUAAAUUUUGGCUAAAUCUUCUUGUCUUUUUGCUCCAUUUUGGAUCCUAAAAUCCAGUAAAGUGCCACCGCUGCUUAACGAAACCCUGAGGGUUUCAUUAUUUGAUUAUUCAGUAUAAAUUAUCCACCUUUUUUUACUAUUUCAAAUAUUAAAACAUUAAAACUAUGCCAAACAUUAAAUGUCGGUUGCCAAAUAUUUUUUUUUUUGUUUCCAAAUAUGUUCGGUUGCCAAAUAUAUUCGGUGCAUCCCUAAAGAAUUACAGUUUAAUCUUAAAAGACAAACAGACAGACAGACAGAAAGAUGAACAGAUGGACACAGACACAUUUUCUAUAACACAAGUUGUAGUUAUAAAGUACUCGUACUCAUGUGCCUGUAAUCACAGUCAAUUAACUAGUGACUAAAAGUGAUGAAUUAACACUUUUAAUGUUUAAAUUAAACACUAAAAGUGUAGAUUUGAAGGCAAAUUUGCUGUGUACGUUUUACCUUCCAGUCUUAACUCAAAUAUCUGUAUCUGUAAAAUUCGCCAAUUCAUGCAUUACACCAUGUUAGCCUGGACACCCUGUUAUAUUAUAACAUUAUGACAUUAAACCUAUUGACAGUAUAACAUAAUCAAUCAAUGCAACUGCGUGUCAAUGCCUACUGAUAUGUGUUUAAAGAGAGCUAUAACUAUAGAGAGAAUCAUGCUUUUCGUUGUUUCUGUAAGUGCGUUAAGUCACGAUUAAGCACUUUUAGCCAGCGUUAUAUUAAGACAACAUGCGGUAGGCGUGUUUUAAGUGUUUUAAUUAUAAGAUGCGUUAAUUGUAACGUCAAGUGAAGCGUUACUGAUUUACCAUAUGGUUUACACAAUGACCGAGGUGCACCUUUUUUAUUUUAUUUUAUUCAUUUGUUUUUUCAAUUUAAAGGUGAUUACAAUUCUACAUAUGGCACAAUACAUUCAGCAGAACAGUCAGUCAAAUGCAGGUAGUAGUCAGUAGUGAAUAGCUGUAUAUAUAUUAUAUAUAUAUAUAUAUUUACAGUUCUGACCUCUAGUCCAGCUCGCUGAUGAAAGAGAGAGAGGAAGAGACAGAUAGAUAGAUGGAGGGAGGAAUUGGAUGGAAGGAUCAGGAUUAGGAUUAAAACGAGACUAAUGAAUGUUUUCGGGUAAAAUAAAAAAAUAGAAAAGAAAAAACACACAAAAUCCAAAUUUCCUGACCUUUUCAAAGCACAUCUUAUAUACCGAGCUUCACAUGCCAUACGAUGGGCUACGCACCACAUACACACACACACACAAAUAUACAGACACAUAUACACAUAUAUAUAUAAAUAUAUACAUACACACACAUAUACACACAAACAGAGAGAAAGUGUUAUGUCGGCAGUGUUAUUCUGUUUACCAGAGAUUGUUUUUAAGGCUCUUGUUUUUUUAUACAUAAUUUCACGACUGUGUGAGCUUUUUUAAAAAAAAAAAACGAAAUUUUUAUUGUUGUCUGUCUGUAAUAAUAAUGAUUCUCUCGAUGGCUUUCCUUCCAUUCAGCCUUGUAGUUAGUUGUUAUUAUUAGGCCUUCAACUCUUAACUCUUAACUUUCAACUUGUUGCAUGAAAACAGGGUUGCCUUUUUCCUUCCUGUUGCUGCCAUAUAUAUAUAUAUAUAUAUAUAUAUAUAUAUAUAUAUAUAUAUAUAUAUAUAUAUAUAUAUAUAUAUAUCAGGCAACGGAGUGUCCUUCUUUUAUUCAUUAAAUGAAAUGAUGAAAUGUAAUGAUGAGAAAUGAUGAAAUGUAAUGAUGUAAUGGGUCGGUAUUGGUCGGUAAUCACCGCAGCAUGUCUUUACAUUGUGGAGAUAAUAAUAAGAAAGAGAUUAAGACAAUAACAGACUCUUAUCUUGUAAAGCUGCUCUUCCUGCCGCUCGCAUGAAUUGAAGAAGAGCCUGUAUUGUUUUUUUUUUGUUUGUUUUUUUUUGUUGUUUUUUUCCAGUCCUCAGAGCAGGGACUCUAAAAUUUAACGCUGAAAGAAGAAGCACUGCUUGAACUGGUGUGGUUGGUUACGUAUUGAUUGAUUGAUUGAUCAAUUGAUUGAUUGUGUUUAUAAUAGAGUUCGAUUGAUUGUUUGAGUUUUAUUUUGUAUAUGAGAAUAUACAUCUGAGAUAUUUGAGAUAUCUAUUUGGUUCAGGUUUUGAUUGAGUUAUGAGUUAUGUAGUUUUUUUUUUUUGUACUGAUUUUGUGCCAUUUGUGUUCCUAUUUUAUGAUUUCAUAAAUUUAUGAGUUUAUGAUUUAAUGAUUUCAAAUCUUGAGCAGCCUUUAGCCUGUAUGUACAGCAAAAAUCAGAAGACUUAACGUUGAACAUUGCGUCACUGUUGAUUUGUGCCAAAGUCAAGUCAUUCACCUCCUUAAUAAUUGAGUGGGAUUUCGGGCUCAUUGUUAUUAGGUUAUUGUAGUAGAUCUGGCCUUAAUAAAGGCAAGCCUUCACUGUUCCUCACAGUUGUUGAUUAAAUGAUGAAGAUUAUGAAGAUAUUGGCCUUUACAUAUUCCAUGCUUCCUCAGUUCCCUCAGUUCUAGACAUACAACAAAGUGUCUCAUGUCUCACUCUACGUUUUUAUUAGUGUACAAAACAAGGUGCAUCAUUCAGGGUUGGGUUCAAUUUCAAUUUCAAAUUUCAAAGUGUACAAGGUCAUUUAAAUUAUUUUAAAAUGUUUUUUUUUGUAAGAAAUUGCUUUAAAAAUGCAUCAUUGAAUGAUGUUAAUGAUGUUUUAUUCACAAAUAGUGUUUUGUUCUAAUAGAGUAAAGUUAAGUUUGAACUGAAUUGACUGAACUAAAGAAAAAAUGGCGGAAUUGACUCCAGCUCUGGUGUUCUUGCUGUUCCUUCACUGAGGCCUUAGAUUAGCUAUUAGUUAUUGUGUUUUUUCUUAAUAUUUCUGUUAAUCACCCAGUUAAUCCCAGAUCACUUCUCAUUCACACGUGUUUUAUAUAUGUUUAUUAAUCGAACCACACUUACAAAGCUUACCAAGCGUUCACUUUCCUCUUCUUUUCUUUCUUUUCUUCUGUUCUGUUUUUCAAGAAGCGUAAUAAGAGUCAUAUUGCUUCAUGUUUGCAUGUUUCGUUUUUUUUUUUUUGGAAUUCACUUAUUUUGUAUUUUUAACCUGGAUAAUGUCAUAGGCGUUAGGAAAUGUAUUCUACAGUUUUUUCGUGUUAACUCUGUUUUCAUUAUACUCGUUUUUAUUUUUUGGUUUUAAAUAAUUCAUGUUUUUAGGGAUUUAAGCAGUUUCUGUUGUACAUUUUUUUUUUCAACUUUUUAUUGAAGAUCGAUGUUAGAAUGUUUGACAUUUUUCCUGUUUGAACUUUUCUGUUUGAAUCUGAUAUUGAUUGUCUCUGUUUUGAUAUGGACUUUUGGAGAAAGAGUGGAAUUGUAGUUAUGGAACGAAAGAGCAGUAUGACAGUUGCUAAUUUAACGAACUUAAUUUUGUACGUAACAAAUCAAGAAAUCGUUGGGAAAUAUUGCGAUCAUAUGUGCUAGAGUAAAAAAAAAAACAAGAAAGUUAUUUUCUACUGUAUCCAUUUCAGAACAUAAGAACAUAUUUUAAUAUCUCAAAAAAAAAGAGCAUCCCUGAAUGUCAGGCCAAAAAUCCUCGAAAAAUGAGCAGCGACAUUUAUCCAGAGAAUUUUAAAUAUUUACGUAAAUAUGAUGAUGAUGAUAUGUAUGUUGUAGGGUUUUGCCUCUGGGGGCAGGGGCUUUGGCUGCAAGCGAGAGAUAGACAAAGAGAAAGAGAGAAAAGAGAGAAAGAAGAAAAGAAAAAAAGAAAGAGAGAGAGCCAUAACCCAAGGGACAAAAGGUUGACUUUUUGCACUUCUGUACAUAGUCAAUAUAAAACAAAGAAGAGAAACAUGUAUAAUAUGGAGAUCUUAUUUUGAAUAAUAAAAGAUUCUAUGAGAAAUUUUGUUAGGAUAAUUUAAGGAAUAGAGUAAUAGACCAGCUAACAGACUAUGCUUGCAGAAGUGGCACAGCUGUUUUUAUUAUGACUUCAAAUCAUCGCUUAAAAAAAAGAAAGGACAAAAAAAAAGCUAAGCGUUGCUCCGCCUUAAUUUCAUGUGUUGCCUGUCAUUUGAGGGUUUGUACCAACUGAAUUCAACAAGUACGCUCAGGUUUUACUCGUAUGCUGUGCAGUAAAGGAGUACACUUUAGUAUGAGCUGUUUUACUGCGUUUUUCAAAGCAAAUUGAUUGAUGUUUCGAAAUUAAUGCCCAAAGUAGAUCAACUAUUGUCAGAUUUUACGAAAUUAUUCCCCAAAGUAUACCUGUGAUCAACAGAUUUUUCUAAAAUAUUGUCCAAGUAGAACAAUGAUCAAUAAAUUUACCAAAAUACUUUCACAAAGUAGAUUAACAGUCGACAGAUUUUCCUAAAUUAUUCUCCGAAGUAGAUCAAUAAUUAACAGAUUUUCCUCAAAUAUUGCCCAAAUAUAUCUGUGAUUGACUGAUUUUCCUAAAUUAUUGCUUAAAGUAGAUCAAAAACGACAGAUUUUUUUUAUUCACCAAAGUAGAUCAACAGAAUUUCCUAAAUUUUUCCUAAAAUUGAUUUACGAUUGACAGAUUUUUCAAAUUGUUUCCCCCAAAUUAGAUCAACAAUAGACAGAAUUUCCAGAAUUAUUCCGCAAAGUAGACCACGGAUUUUCCAGUUAUAGCCCAAAGUAUGUCUGUGAUCGACAGAUUUUCCUAAAAUGUUGCCCAAAGUAGAUCAAUGAUCGACAUAUUUUCCACAGUUCUUGCACAAUUUAUAUCUGUGAUUGACAGAUCAACCAUAGACAGAUUUUUUGAAAUAAUUCCCCAAAGUAGAUUAAUGUCUGACAAAUGUUCCACAGUUAUUGCACAAAUUAUUUGUGUGAUCAACAGAUUUUCCUAAAUUAUUGCCCAAAGUAGAUCUAUGAUCAAUAAAUGAACCAAAAUAUGUCUACAAAAUAUAUGUCCAAAUAUGUCCAUUUUACGAAAUUAUUGCCCAAAAUAGAUCAGUCUUGGGCAGAUUUGCCAAAAUAAGUUUUGAAAAAGUAGAAAUAGAAACUUAACUGGACUGUCUUAUUUAUUAUAAGGAAAUCGUAGCCACCAAUAUGGUUAAGAAGAGCAGGACACUUUAAGGGCAAGAUUAAUAAUAUUCUAUUUUAAUUACAACAUAUUUAUUGUUUCCACUGCAAAUAAAAAAAUGUUUUUUAUGAAUAUAAUCAAGCUGUUACAUGUUAAACAGUGUUAUCUGUUAAAUCUAACCCCAUGGGGUGGAGGAUGUACGGGUUAAGCCUGGAUAACUCUCAAUGGGAGUUGUACACUUACAAUUUUUCAAAAUGGUGCUAUAUUACAGCCAUUAAGAGGGGCAGUAAUAUUGAUAAUAUUAAUAAUGUGGCUUGUACACACAAAUCAGUAGUGAUGAUAAAACACCAAAAAACUAAUGAUUAAAAAAAUGUUAGUUAAAUCUGAAUAGAACUGUUAAUACUGAUUUAGGGGAUUGAGAUUGGAACUACAUCAACUUGGAUUUACAUUACAGAAAAUCGUAAUCAGUAAAUCAAAUAAAAUAAUAGAUAAUUUAGCACAGUAUCCCUGUACCAACUAAUCACUUUACUAAUUUACUCCUUUAUAUUUUUGUAUUAUAUAUUUCUAAUAGAAGAAUAGACUCAUCUGAAGUGUCUUGUUAUCUUCAUUGUACAUCAUACCUGUAAAAACUGAGACGUUUCUCUACAGUGUUGAAUCUCUAAAGUUGGCAGCAAGCCCUUCUCCCUCUCUGCCACAUGCUAGCAUUGUGUCUCAUUGUUGUGCUCCUCUGUGGACGGGGGAAAUAAAAGGUUUUUAUGACUCAAAAAAAAUAAAAA